CCCGAUCUUGGUGUUCUCAAUUUCUCCAUGAACCCUCCGGGUCAACUCCUUGUUCCUGGAGAUACAGUCUAGUAAUAGCGGAAAUGACUCUUCCUCGGGUCUUGACCAUCAUGAUGGUCACGGCGCUGCAGAAAAUUGUGCUUUCUAAUCCAACCAGGCACCCUGAGAUCAUGCUUAAAUCUCCUUGAGCCGAACAAAGCUUCCUGUUCCAACUUCCCUCCAGUUUAUCGUCGCAGGUAUCAAAAUCACUCCUUUUAAAAUUCCACUCCUUAACAUGCAAUACUCCUCCUGGCUUACCUUCUUUCUGGUGGCGUUUGGUGGGCUCGCACCCGCCCUUGCAGCUCCUUUAGAAGGUAAGCAGGGGAUUGGUUCUGUGUCGGUCAACCGUUGUGCUGUUGUGUUGACGAAAUUUCUUUCGGAUGAGCAGAUGGCCAUCAUCCCGCUUCUGCACUUGCUCAUGGCCUCAAAGGUAGAUUAUUUUUACUCGUUCAAUUUUACCCUCGACUGCAUGGCAACUAUAGCAAAACAAAUAGCAAAGAGAAAUGAAACCGAACACGGGUGCGGUGGUGGCACUCUGGCGAGUAUCAGCGCUACCAUAGAAAACCUUCUGAACAACGUUACCAUCAAUGUUCUCAGCCAGGACGGCAAUGGCAACAAGAAUUAGUAAGAUAUGUCCGUAGAAAAUGCUUGUUCAAUGUGCCCGCUGUACAAC